GAGAAGGGUAUUUCUGUGCCUGAAAAUUAUAUCUAUGUGCAUUAAAUAUAUAUGUCUAGGCGUGUGGUGUAAUGUGUGUGUAUAUUUUAAAAAUAGUAUGCUAAAAGCAAAAAAAAAAAAAUGUUGUGGAAAUCUCCAAGGCAGAUGUAGCAGACUAAUUUUUUUGAGCCUGAUUGGUUUCCAAAUCAGCUGCCUGUUUACUUUUAUUUGAUGCCUGUUACUUAAGUACUGCAAUUUCUGUUUUGUUUGGAGAGGGGGAAAAACUUAUGGAUAAUUUUAAAAAUACUUCUUUUGUGAAGUUAAUUGUUUUUUUAUUUGUUUCCAGGAAAUGGCUCUUGAAGUUAAAUGAGGCUGGAUAAAACACAUAAAUGAAGCAGAAGCUGCUCUGCAUGUGUUAGGGCUAUAUCACCACAAGCACUGCUGAUCAGCCAGACUUGGUAACUUGUCAUAAUGAAGAAAAUUAGUCUCAAAACAAUUCGCAAGUCCUUUAACUUAAAUAAAAGUAAAGAUGAAAGCGACUUUGUAGUGGUUCAGCAGCCAUCGUUAAGUGAAUUUGGAAAAGAUGACUCCUUGUUUGGCAGCUGCUAUGGUAAAGAUUUGGCUAGCUGUGAAGUCAAUAGUGAAGAUGAAAAAGGAGGCAAAAAUAGAUCAAAAAGUGAAAGCUUAAUGGGUACGUUAAAAAGGAGGCUUUCAGCAAAACAAAAACAGAAAGGCAAAGGCAGCACACCAUCUGUAAGCUCUGCAGAUGAUGACACCUUUUCUUCCUCAUCUGCUCCAAUAACCUUCAAGGAUGUGCGAGCUCAAAGACCUCUGAGAUCUACUUCCCUCCGUAAUCACCAUUACAGUCCAACUCCGUGGCCCCUUCGACCUACGAAUUCAGAAGAGACUUGUAUCAAAAUGGAAGUGAAAGUCAAGGCCUUGGUCCAUUCCUCUAAUCCAAGCCCAGCACUGAAUGGCGUUCGAAAGGACUUCCAUGACUUGCAGUCAGACAACGUGUUCCAGGAACAAAACAAUGCAUUAAAAAAUACGGAAUCUCAGAACGGGGACUUGCAUCUUCAUAUUGAUGAACAUGUGCCUGUAGUUAUUGGAUUAAUGCCUCAGGACUACAUUCAGUAUACUGUGCCUUUAGAUGAGGGAAUGUAUCCUUUGGAAGGAUCACGUAGUUACUGUCUGGAUAGUUCCUCACCCAUGGAAGUUUCAACUGUUUCUUCUCAAGUGGGGGGAAAUGCUUUCCAUGAAGAAGAGAGCCAAGUGGAUCAGGAUGUAGUCGUUGCACCAGAUAUCUUUGUGGACCAGACAGUGAACGGUUUGUUAAUUGGUACCACAGGAGUCAUGUUGCAAAGCCCAAGAGUUAAUCACAGUGAUGUCCCUCCGCUCUCACCUUUGCUACCUCCAAUGCAGAAUAAUCAAAUCCAAAGGAACUUCAGUGGAUUGAAUGGCACAGAUGCCCACGUGGCUGAAAGUAUGCGCUGCCAUUUGAAUUUUGAUCCUAACACUGCCCCUGGAGUUGGAAGAGUUUAUGAUUCUGUACAGAACAGUGGUCCUAUGGUCGUGACGAGCCUCACGGAAGAGCUGAAAAAACUUGCAAAACAAGGAUGGUACUGGGGCCCCAUUACACGUUGGGAGGCAGAAGGAAAAUUAGCUAAUGUGCCUGACGGCUCGUUUCUUGUUCGAGAUAGUUCUGAUGAUCGUUAUCUUUUAAGUUUGAGUUUUCGUUCCCAUGGAAAAACUCUUCACACUAGAAUUGAACACUCAAACGGUAGGUUUAGCUUUUAUGAACAACCAGACGUGGAGGGACAUACGUCUAUAGUUGACUUAAUUGAACAUUCAAUCAGGGACUCUGAAAACGGAGCUUUCUGCUACUCGAGAUCCCGGUUGCCUGGAUCAGCGACUUACCCAGUGAGACUGACAAAUCCAGUGUCUCGGUUCAUGCAGGUGCGUUCUUUACAAUACCUGUGCCGUUUUGUAAUACGUCAGUACACCAGAAUAGACCUGAUUCAGAAACUGCCUUUGCCAAACAAAAUGAAGGAUUAUUUACAGGAAAAGCACUACUGAAAGCUUAUGGGAAUCUUGCAUCUUGCACUUUGGGAACAACAACAACAAAAAGAGAUUGAAUUACAGUUUACAGACUUUCAUUAUUAUCAAAAUCUUUUGCUGCCAUAAAAAUAUUUCAUUUUUUGUGUGUAAAGAAAAGUAAUGCAUUUGGAUUUAUGUUUGUUUUGGGAUUUUUUGUGUAUUUUGGGGGGCUUUUUGUUUUUUUUUUUUUAAAGAAUGAUCUCAAGUUUAUUUUUAGAAGUGUGAAAUAGCUAUCUUUCAUCAAUGUGCAGAUUAAUCACAAUGUGAAUGAUCAAAUUGUCCUUAAUUUCCCCCAAGUCCUUUGCUGCUAUCCACUGUGAUUUUUUAUGCAUUGAAAGCACAUUUCAUGUGUAUUCAACCAUAAGUAAAAGUCAAAUGAAACUUGUUGAAUGGAUUUUUUUCUUUUUCCUUUAAAACAGCCUGUUUGAAAAAAAAUGAUCGUGGAUAAAAACCAUACUGGUAUUCUAAAUUACAGAAUUUAUGUCUAUGUUAAAAAUUAUUUCCUAGUAUCCUAAUUAUCAAUUUCUAUAGAGAUAUGCCCUAAUGUAGAACUUCUAGACAGAGCUAUGUGAUAAGAACGUGGUUAUGUGGCAUAUCUUUGGGAAAAAACCCUGCCUUUCUCCUAAGCCUGUAUUGUCUGUACGCUAUUUUUGUUUGAGAAGGUUGGUUCAGCCACCUUCUUGUCUCAGUAUUUUGUCCUUUUAAAAAUGGCCUUUAAAAAAACAGAAGUCUGUGAAAGUUGAUAUAUUGUACCUAUAAGGAAAUUGCGGUAUUGGGGUCUUGUCAAAUAUUACCUUUUAAAAUCAUGUCAUCAGUUAAAUAAAUGAACACCUGCCGGGUCCCCUCUUCCUGUCCUUUUCCCUCCUACGUCCUCUUGGGGGAUGGGGUGGGGAGGGCUGGAAUUUCCUAAAUUUGUAGGAAGACUCUAGGAAUUGUUAUUAUGUGAACGUAAAUUGAUAAGCCAUUUUAGGAUGGGGUAAAAUUUCUGAUAGGAUGAUUCAUAUAAUAUAUAUUCAAACUACUUGAAAUUUUAUAAUUCUCUGCAUUUUGUUCACUUCAGAAAUGCAGUAAUACACUAACGUCCUUUGGAUUGCUUUCCCCUUUUUUGGAUAUCCUUUGGGGAGGAAGGAACAGGACUGAUAACAUUUUGGGUGGAAGAUGCUUAAAUGCAUCUCUAAAGCUCUAUUCUAAUAGCCUUUCAAAUUAUGGGGAAAAGAGGUUUGGAUAUACAUUGACCGCAGAAAAUGUUUCAGUUUACUGUCAUGAAAUAUGUUUUGACAUAUGAAAUAUUGAAUCAAUUAAGUAAAUGUUUAUAUCUGUCAAAGAUUCUGGCAUUUGAAAAGCUUACAGUUAUUCUAACCUUCUGUAGGGAAAAAAAAAAAAGACUUUCAGUGGGGAGUACAGAUUCUACACCGUAAUAUUUUCUUCAUGCAAGGUUAAUCCAUGGCGUUUUCUGGGUUUAUUUCAGAUUUUUUUCCCCCCAUGAUUCUAUCAUUUUUACGAGUUAUUUGUUAAAGGGGUCACGGAUGGCUUGGGAGGGAGGCUUGCUUUGCCUGCCUCUGCCACCCUCUUUUGUAUUUAAGAAUGUCAUCUUUCCCAUCUCUGGUUGGAGUUGAUAGUGAACAAGCUUAGAAAAGGCUGUUCAUUUUUGAUACAGCUUCCUUGUUUAGAUCAUUUUCUUCUCCUUGUUUAAUCUAGCCUUUUGUCCCCUAAAAUUAGUCUUUAGUAAUGAAUACAGUAUUGCUGCAAGGUGGUGCAAUAGCACUACAUCUUGGGUUGCCUGAAUUGAUAGACUAAAUUUAUAUUUUUUUAAUUUAUUUUUUGACCAUAAUGUUUAACUAAAAAAGAAAAAAAAA